AUGCCGGUUGUGGUGGAAAGCUAUGUGGGUCACGUCCGUAACCUGACGGAGGAACGGGACGCUAUCACCACCGAAUAUGAAAAAGAAAACGAACAGCUCAGGCUUGAGCUGACGGGGCUGCAGCUGCAGCAGGAAGCCCAGCUGAAGGAGGUCGAGGAGAUGCUGGAACAGGAAGGCUUGUCCGAAAUAGCUCACAGUAAUGCCAGCGAACAGAUUGCUUAUUUACUGGUAGAAAGAACGACGCUGCUGGAGAAACUGGAGAUCGCAGAUCAGAAGUUGAAUUCACACAGCUACAUAGACAGGCUGUGUGCGGCACAGCUUCAGGAUGAGUUUGAUCACAUUCAUCAGACAUUAGAAGAUGAACUCCAACAACAGCAUGAAUCGACGCAACUUACUGGAGAGACAAUGAAUAAGUCCUACAGGGGAGAGCUGGAGAGGGAACAAGCAUCACGUGCGAGAGUUGAACGAGAUCUGGAUGAGGCCACGCAGAGGCUGAUGAUGGCUCAGGAAGAGAUCCGGAGGUUGACAGAUGAGCUGGAUGCACAAAGAAAGGAGCAGAGCAAAAUAGAAUCGGCCUCGUGGUCAGCCCUGCAAACACCUGAGAGCCAGGAGGAAGGGGUGAACGAAUGGAGAGAGAGUGACAGGACUGAGCUACAGAAGGCCAUGGAGCACAACAGCAGACUGGACAAGGAAAUUGUGGCGCUGCGAGCACGGGUCCAAACGCUCGACUUGGAAAGAAAAGCGUUCCUUGAUCUGGUUGAACAGCUCAAAGAGGAGAUCUGCGAGUAUCAGAAGAGCGAGAAGCAAGGACUUCCAUUGCCUGCGCCAACAGAGACUGAAGAAGUCGCAGCAUCCUCGCUGCAGUCGCAGGAUACAAAGGAUGAAGGGAGGGUUGAAGGAGACCACGUUUCAGGCAAAGUUGGCUCAGAUCAAGACGACAGAUACCAGAGUAGUGAAACACUUCAUAAAAGGUGCCGAGAGGUGAUUGAAAACAUCGAGGGCAGGAAUUCACAGCUCCUUCACAAGCUGCAAAAACUGGAGCAGGAGCACGAGGAUUUGGUUGAGCGCAAUGAAGAGCUGGAAUCAAUUCUGGGAGAGACACAGAUCCAAACCAAGCAGGAGAAGGAACAGUUUGAGAGUGAGGUGGAGGGACUUCACCGGAAAAUCACAAGUUUAGAAACAGAGUUACUUGAAGUGCAGAAGAACAAAGCUGAGAUGAGUGGGGAAGAGCAGGCAUCGUCUGGAGCACAAGAGAUGCAAGAGAUGCUGGAAAGCUGUCAGGAAACAGUAGAAAAGUUGGGAAGUCAGCUGGGAGAGCGGAGAGAACGGAGAAAGCAACUUGCUUCUGAGCUUGAACUGUUACGAGAAGAUCUGAAGGCUGAGAAGAAGGUAUUGGGCAGCCAGAGUCUGUCUGACGAGAGAUUCCAGCAGCAGGAGGAAAAAAUGCAGCAAUUGCGGCAGGACUUGCGUCGCGUUCAGAACUUGUGCAGCUCAGCCGAGAGGGAGCUGAGAUACGAAAGGGAGAAGAACAUCGACUUACAAAAGCAAAACCUCUUGCUCCAACAGGAAUGCACCAAGGUCAAAGCUGAGCUGAAGCAAGCCCGGGCAAAACUCUCGGACACAACUGAAACAUGCUCCUCUCUCUCAGCACAAUGGGAAAAAAGCCAGCAGAAGGUCAAAGAACUCGAACAAGAGCUCUUGAAGCGCUUCCAGGCUGAUAAACUGCAGAGCAGUCUGCAAGAGAAACUUGCACAGGAGAAAUCCAAAGUAUGCGAAGCACAAAAAAAGAUUUCAAAACUCCAGCAAAAGCUAAAAGAUUCCCAACACCAACUCCUGCUGGCAGAGGCCCGUGUGUCAGACAAGAAACUCCUGGAGGAGGAAUUGAAGGAGGCCCGAGAAAAUGAAGCUCGUGUGCAGCAAGAACUUCACGAGGAGCAGCUGAAAAGGAAGCUCCUGGAGCAGCAGGUGGAGGAGCUGCGGCAGCAGCUCCGGCAUUCACGGGAGACGGAGGCGUCGCUGGCCAAGAUGCACGUGGAGCUGCAGGCCAAGACUCUGCACGUCCUAGAAGAUGAGAGGAAAACUGACUCGAGCGAGCACCUCCAGUGUCAGAAGGAGAACCAGAAGCUUUCAGAGCAACUCUCACUGCUGAAGGAGGAAAACAAAGCCCUUUACGAGGAAGGAGUCCGUCUCCUGAACCAGAAGGAUCUGUAUGUCAGGAAAUACAACGAAAUGCAGCUCCGCCACAAAGACAAGAUCCGCAGAGCCAAAGAGACCUUUAUCCACGAGGUGAAGCAAAGGGACAGCAGAAUUAAGCAGCUUGAAAAUGAGCUCAGCGAGUCAAAGCUCCAAGUGGAAAAGGGGAAGGUGCUGAUUGCACAGAUCACUGCUGAGAAUGAGAAAUUACUCCAGGAGAGAAGACGGCUCCUCCAGAAGAUAACUGACCAAGAGGAGACUCCUUGGAGCAACCGGUCUACGAUUGCCACCCUGCAGAGCAGAGUGAAGAUCCUGGACGAGGAGAACGUGCGGCUGCAUGAGAGCAAACUCCAGCUCUCCGGCCACGUGCCUACCUCACAGCGCGCGCUGAGGAGCAUCCACGCUCCCAACACGGAGGACUCGAAGAGUGUUAACUUCUCCGAACGCCAGCUACAGAGUAAGGUGUUGCCAUCUCCCCGUACCAGCUUCCCAUCACGAGAACCGCCAGACUCUCUCGGCACCCUGAAGGCCACGCAAGACACGAAGCCUGAAGGAGAAGCUGAAAGCCAAGACUCAUCCUUUUGCUUAUCCCCCUCUCAACCUUCUGAGAUCGGGUACUUAAAUGUAGCUUCGCCUGGAGACACCACAGCCUCCCAGCUGCAGGAGGAGAGUCAGAGCAUCAGCUCUGAGAACUUCUAAACGGGGAAAGAUGUUUGUAAAAUACGAGCUGGACUGCAAGGUUUUGGGCCCCUGUUGCUGUGGGAUGACAAGGACUGCAGGGGGAGAAUUGCCAAAUGGACUGACCUGGUGAUUUCUGUGAUAUAUUUCAACUAAAUUAUUCAACAGCUUUUUUUUCAACUUACCCAACUGUAAAUGUGUGUGUGUCAUCCCAGAUCCACCCGGAGGCUGGAAUUUGUAGACAAACUCAGUAAAGUGGAAGAGGGGUGGGGUGAAGCGUAUCUUCCCCUGAACCCUAAUUCCUUGUCCAGUCAAAAACUACAAGCUUUGUAAAUAAAACUCAGAAAAGUUCUCUUCCGCACUCUC